AUGCCUGCAGCCAAACUUUCCCAUCAGUAAGUAAUAACGCUCAUGCACAUGUUGUUUGAACUUUUUCUCGUUCCCGCCACUCCCUCCUCUUCCUCUCCUCCUCCUCCUUCUUCUUCUUCUUCUUUCCCUUUGCGAUCUUUGAUCGUCUGCGUGCGUGUGUUCCUCGAGACCCACACGAAGCAAUAUGAUUGUGGCAGUGGCAGCAGUGGAAGAGGUACAUGUAGGUAGGUAGAAUGUAUUUAGAUGGGCAACUUCUCGUGUGUCACAACUAAUUAGACUCUUCUCUUUCCUUUUCAGUUUUGAAUCAUUAUCAUUAUCAACUUAUAUAUGUAUCUUUAUAUCCAAAAAUUGUGUGUAUGUGUGUGUGUGGCGCGCGCGCGCGCGCGCGCUCGCAACGACGACGUCGCACUCUAACCAAUUUCCAUUACACACCACUCGUUUCCGUCGUCCCGCACACACACACAUAUCGAAUUCCUUAUCAUCUUCUUCUUUUUUCUCCCCGAGAAUAAGAAAAAAGAGGAGAAGAAGAAGAAGAAGAAGAGAGCGCUUCGAACAUGUUGUUCUGCCGCUCGGCCGCCCGUCAUCGUCCUUCUCGUCCCCCCCUCUCUUUCUAUCUCUUCGCUCCUCUUCUCGUGACCACGUCGGGCGGCCGAGACAGUGUACUGGCGGAGAGAGGGGAGCGAGCGCCGUCCCUGUCCCGUCCGUUGAUGUUCGUGAAUCGUCGCCCCGCGGCAAACGGCGGCGAGCGAGGAGCGCGUGCGUGAGAGAAGCGAGACUGAGACGAGCGCUUCGCACUUUUUUCUCUUUCUCUUCUUCUUCUUCUUCGUCUUCUUCUUCUUCGUCUUCUUCUUCUCGCAUUCCGUUUCGCAACCCGCUGAUGUCCGCCCGAAACGGACGGCUGUGUGUAAUAACCAUUGCCAUCCCACCCGCCACCGCAAAAGGGUCAUUAUGUCUCGGCGCGCGCGCGCGCAACAAGCGAGCUAUAAGGGUAUCCGGUGUAUUGGAGAGCAACUUUGGGGCCAAGGAGGAUUAGAACAAAGUUGAGCUUUACUACUAUUAAGAAGUGCCUUGGACCUACAGUAGUCUAAAGCUCACGUUUUGACCCCAGCUCCUCCAAAUUUCGUUUCAAGAUCCGAGGUAUAGUAGAAGUAUACUUAGAGCAAACACUUUGACACCAUGUUAAGACCUAUCCUGUUACUUUUUGGUUUUGAUAAAGUCAGACCCCCCUAAGCCACUCCUUCGUUUCCCUUUCCGCAUGAAUUAGAGGAACACGCGCGAGCCGUCGAGGCGCCGUGCCAGGAGGAGUCGCGUGACUGACUCCUGCCCUCUGUCGUCCUCUUCCUUCUUCCAUUUGCGACUUCAUUCCUUUGCACUCUGCAAAAGUACAGUAAUCCGCGCCACUCCCUUGGGGGGGGGGGGGCCUCCACUGCUAAACUGUUCGUGUGUUCCGCCCAUCCCUGACUGCCCAAUACCUACGGGGGCGCCCCGCGUGCCGCAACCUUGAACCUGUCUCUUCGUCUCGGGCGCCCGAGAUGCGACGACGGCUACUCACCUUUGAUAAGUCCCCCUUGAUAAGGAUCCCCCUAGCUGUCCGUCGUCAGUCUUCAUUCGAUCCGCCCGUCUCCGUUCCCCUCCCCCCCCGCGCAUUCGCCUUCAUUUCAUUUCAAACUUGUCUUGCUUGCAGGAUGGUCGAGAAUGUGCCGUUUACGAUGCUCGGCGACAUCAUGCGAUCGUUCUCGUGGACCGUCCCGAACGGGCUCACCCUCGAGGGUCUCUACCAUCGUCAUCAACUUCUGGACGCCCUGAGAACCCGGCAACUGGUUCUGGGCGGUGGGGACCUGACCCCGCCCGCCGAGUCCCCAGCCUCAUCGGACCUUUCCCUGUCGCCGACGCCUCCGUCCGCAUCGGCGGCCGAAACCUCCGCAAUUUCCAUCGUCACCAAGAGACUAACCAAAAAAGAGAAAGCGGCAGCAAAAGCCAAUGACCCUCUGCUUUUAAGCCCUAAAGCGGCCGACUUGAAUCGUAAUGUUAGUACUUUCGGACAAUAUUCACAUUGAGCCAAAAUUAUUAAUUCAGAGCUACUCGGACUGUGAGAAGAAGCACUUUUUGGACGUGGCCGCCGAGAACAACUGGGGAACGACUGUGGCCGCGAACAAAUUCAAUCGUGUCUGGGGCCGCGGACCCACGAGGCGCAUGUUCUACUGGUGGAGGGAACAGUUCAAGUGAGUACGCCAUUCGAUUGCUGUAGGUAGUAGAGUACGGUAGGCGCUGUACUCACGAACAUCAAGGUCAUCAAAUGAGAAUGAGAGAAAGGAAGGGAGAAAACCGUUAUCACCAGAGGCUCCGCCCCCACGUUUUGUUUCUUCUUCUUCUUCUUCUUCUUCUUUGUCACUGUACGUUUACAUCAAGUGACACUGACAAGCAGACACUAUAAAUAUGAAUCAUUCCGUCCGCAUUCACUCGUCCUCUCUUUCUCAAUUAUUUUCCCUCCCAACUCGACACAUUUCACCUUCUUACUCUACCCAUUUCAGAAAAGAGCAGCGACUGGCGAAGAAGGCGGUCGACGACCUCCAAAACCGAAAGGUGGAGCUGUCCGUCGAGCUCGCCGAGCUUACGCACUCGGGCCAAGUGCUCACGGAACGCUCGAAAGUUUGUCUGCAGCAGCUCGCCGCGAUCGACUCCGAAAUGGCGACGUUGAUGAGCAAAAAGUGAGUGGCGAUAGUGUAGAAUCUAGUGUGGAGACAAGCCUCUUUUUGCCAGGAACAAGGCCUCGUUUUGCACAAUCACCGGCGAUCCGUGUGUUCAUGGAAACGGCAUUCAGGACGAAUCGGUGCCGAGGAGAAAGUUCACGAAUCCGUUCGUCUGCGACUUUUGUCAGAUGCCCUUUCAGAAGGUAAUUAAAUUCCUGGCACCUUUUCUAAUGGAUAACUUUUGCAGGAGGGUACGCGUACCGUACACAUGCGUCUCUGCGAAUCGCGUCAUUUGCCGCAGCAACAAGAGGAGCCGUCGGAAGUGUCGCCCGCCAGCGCCAGCGACGUGGAUGUCACGGAUGAUGAUGCGUUGAUGCAAACAACUCGCUCCACACAGAACAACAACAACCAGGUGGACGGGCAGAGACUCACGGAGCUCACCGAGGAACUCAUCGCCCAGCUCGCCGCCUACUCGCGCCAGAAUCUCUAG